UGAGACACCAGCAGGAAGCGGCUGGGGAGUAGCAGGACAGCCAUUGCAGUGUCGUGGCUCAGUAACAAAAUACGAAAGGGCUGAGGAAGACCUGGCAGCCGCUCUCCCUGUUCCCUUUGACCAACAGAUUAAUUUACAUGACUGUUAGAGCUUAGGCACUCGGUAAAUAAAUCUACAUCUAAACAAUCGAAUUCAACAGCUCCGGAUAUGUCAUUCCUAUUCGAUUGGAUUUAUAGCGGUUUCAAUAGCGUACUACAGUUUUUAGGACUGUACAAGAAAUCGGGCAAGUUAGUAUUUCUUGGCCUGGACAAUGCUGGCAAAACGACGCUACUGCACAUGCUCAAAGAUGACAGACUGGGACAGCAUGUGCCGACUUUACACCCAACAUCAGAGGAGCUGACGAUUGCUGGCAUGACAUUCACCACCUUUGACCUUGGAGGCCACGCACAAGCCCGGAGAGUGUGGAAAACCUACCUCCCUGCCAUUAAUGGGAUCGUCUUCAUCGUGGAUUGUGCAGACCAUCAGAGAAUGAGUGAAUCUAAAGCAGAACUUGAUGCGUUAAUGACAGAUGAGACCAUCGGAAAUGUGCCUAUCUUAAUCCUUGGCAACAAAAUCGACAGGCCUGAAGCCAUGAGCGAGGAGAAGCUGCGCGAAUGUUUUGGAUUAUACGGACAGACGACAGGCAAGGGCAACGUUCCCAUGAAGGAGCUGAACACGAGACCGCUGGAGGUUUUCAUGUGCAGCGUGUUGAAGAGGCAGGGCUACGGCGAGGGCUUCCGCUGGCUGUCUCAGUACAUCGACUAAACCAGGCCCCGCCUCCCACUACACUAUCGGCUAGGGGGCGCCAAAACCAGCCGUUCCAGACGCCCACCAUCAUCAUCCUCUCAGCCCCGUUCGGUUAAUCAAGUCUGCCUUCGCCUCCAGAGAAACCAGUACGACUCGACCCCAAUAGACUUUUAUUGGUCGAACAUUUGGUUCACACACACUCACUGUCAUCAUCAUCUCUUUAUUUUUAUUUCAUUUUUCCAAGAGAGAGGGGUUCACGUUGAAAUGGUUGAAUCUUUUCUACACCAUGUUUGCUGUCCUCCUCUUCCGAUAGACUCAGAAGUUUAAAUCUGUUUGAUUCUGUUGCUAAAUAAACUUCUUCCUUCCCCCAACUCAGACGGCCACACAGCAGUACACUUUUUUAACAGAUAAAUUCAUUCCACGUUGUAUCUAAUCAGUGUUUUCUUUUUGUUGCUUUCUUUAACAUGGUUUGAGUAAAUUUAAAAAUUGCCCUCACCAUCACACAUUUGGCUGUUUCCCCGUGUAUUUGAAUGGAGCAGUGCGUUUAUCUUAGUGUAUCAUAAGUUAGAUCCAUAUCUCUUUCUGUCCAGCCUCUGAGCGGGCUCCCUUUUUAAAACGGAGCCAACUUCUCUGUGUUGUUUGUUUUAAAAUAGAAUAUGAUACUGGCUAUAACUCUUUGAUAAAAUUAUGUAGAUAUCACAAUGUUCAGCUGACGCAAAGAUGGAUGUUUAAAGGAAUCAAAUCGGCUGACCGUAACACGCCAUAAAGAGAUGAGGGAGGAAUAAAGAGACGCUGGUUAAAAUUAGGCAAUAUUAGAAGCAAGUGAGACGUUUGACAGGGUGAAUUUGGUGAAAACAGCGGAGACAGGUAGACAGGCCUAGAACACCUCCAACAAAGGGACCAUGUUAAAUAUAAAUAUAUGAAAUGUACACAAACAUCGUACAUGGAUUUUCUAUUUCUGAGUGGCAUCCUUUGAAAUAUGUGCAUUAACAGGAACUAUUAUGCAUGCCUUGUUCUUUUGAUUAUUUUUAAGAACUAUUAUUAACUCUGUACGAGGGAAGACGAUGCCAAAAUUACCAACUAGAGAGGAUUGUCAUGUUUUUGUUUUUUUUUAAGGAAACAAUGGAAAUGUGCAUAAUAUACUUUAAUCUGUCCCUGUCCCUUUGUGUCUCUUUCAUCCCUCAUGAAUAAGUAAUGAGAUGUUCCAACAUGAAUGGGACCUGCUGUUGUUUGCAUCAUUAAAAAAUGUAAUAAAUGUUUGCAAUGAAUAAUCGGA